AUGGUGCAUAUUGUCUUCCAUAUAAACUUUUUAGGUCGAAAUGACCUUUUAAACUUUAGAGUUGAUGCAAGCUUCAGUGUCACCCUUGAAAAUAAGUCUUUUGAUAUUUCCCAGCAACUGGAUGAAAUUCAAAAUUUGACUAAUCGUUUAAAAGAAAUACGAAGAAAUGCUGAUGCUUACCAUAACAAAUGGUAUAAAAUUGCUCUUGUAUUAGCUAAAACAUUUGAUAUUGAUGGAAAUAAACCUAGAACAUUUGAAAAAAUUGUUUCAGGAUUUGAUACCCUUUCAACAACUUGUGUUGAUAAUGGACCUAAUAUUCUUGAAAAUCUGUCUCACAAAAAUGCGCGACUGAGUCAGGGUGAUAACUUGAAUUUGGAAAUUUCUGCUACUGGAAGUAAUUUGACUUAUCAAUGGCUGAAAAACUUUGAGCCUUUAAAGGGAAUGACUUCACAGGUUUUAAAAAUGAUAAAUUUAAAAACUAGCGACAGUGGAUCAUAUACUUGUGAAGUAAUUCAAAAUACGAUAAGAGUGUCUAGCAGUAUUGCAAUAAUAAUUGUUUUUGAUCCGUAUCCUGUAUUUUUGAACCCUUCUUCUGAUUAUAGUUUAACAGUAAUGGAGAAUGGGCCUAAAAUUAAGAAUCUUCUGAUUAUUUCAGCAAGAACGCAAAGUAAUGAAUCUAAUUUUGAGGAAAUGUUUUUUGAUAUUAUAUCAGGCAAUGAUCUUCAAUACUUUCAACUGUUUCCAAACAGAUCUUCAACAGGUACAACACUACAAAGAACUCAACAGUUAAAUAGAGAAAUGAUAAAAAGCUUCCAAUUAAAAAUCAGAGCAUCUAAUACAUUAAACCCAAAAUAUAACACUGUUCAAUUAAUAUGGAUCACAGUUGUAGAUGAAAAUGAUAAUUCUCCUAUAUUUGAUAAAACAAGCUAUAAUACCUCUGUGUUAGAAGGAUCUCCUAUUGGAACAGUAAUAGUUCAAAUACAUGCAAUUGAUCCUGAUGAAGGUCGCAAUUCAAUUAUUGUCUACUCUAUUUUGCCCAUUAUUGAUAGCAGAUUGUUUGCAAUUGAUCAAUAUACUGGGAUAAUCACAUUGACAGAUAAUCUUGAUACAAAUGUAAAAUCAGCAUACCUGAUUAUAGUUAAAGCUAAUAAUUUAUUGGGUUCUUUAAACUCAUCAUAUGCCCAAGUGUUCAUCACCAUAACUAAUAUAAAUAAGUUUGAACCUUACUGGUUGAAGGAUACAUACAACGUUGAUAUAUCAGAGUCAGUGACUCCAGACACACAGAUACUACAGUUGCUGGCAGCUGAUGAAGAUUCUGGAACUAAUGGAUUAAUAAAGUAUGAAGUUGUAAGUGGUAAUGAAGCUAAUUUAUUUGAUGUUAAGUUAACUGGCAUGUUGGUAACAAAAGGUAAACUAAGUUAUGAUUUACAAAAUAUUUAUCUAAUAAUAAUUCAUAUUCAAGAUGGUGGGUCACUUCCUAAGUCUGCUGUUAAAAAUGCAACGGUAACAAUAAAUGUUCUUAACUCGAAAAGCAAUAAUCCAAUAUUUGAAAAAUCUGAAUAUAUUACAACUGUGAUGGAAAAUACUUCAUAUUUUGAUCCACCAUUUGUUGUGAAAGCAAACAGUUUAGACAAAAAACUAACAAUAAUGUAUAGCAUACCUCCCAACCAAAAUGUUUCUGAAAUAUUUGAUAUUGGUAUUUUAACAGGAAUUAUUUUACUCAAAAAGCCUCUUGAUUAUGAAAAAGCAACAUUUUAUAAGUUUAUUGUCCAAGCUACUGCAGCCGGUACAAAUGCUGCAGCAAAUGCCAAUAUUCUUGUAAAAGUUCUUGAUGCAAGCAACAAAGUUCCUUUUUUUGUGGAUUCUUAUAAAAGCAUAAACAUAGAGGUAAAAAUAAGUGUUGAGAGAAUAGUUUAUAGAGUGUCAGCAGUUGAUAAAGAUUCAGGGAUGAAUGGAGUAAUCGGAUACAGAAUUAAAUCUGGAAACAUUAAAAAUAUCUUUGAAAUUGAUUCUACUACAGGUGACAUACGCAUUAACAACUCAUUGGAUACAAACACUGAACGUUUUACCUUGUAUAUAGUUGCAUUUUACAUUGGCAGACCUUCUAUAGAAAGUAUACCGUUUAUUCUGGACAUUUAUAUCACAGGCAUAAAUUAUUAUGCUCCUGCAUUCCCAUCAUCAUCUUUCACUGUAUCAUUAGUUGAUACUUCCAUACCUGAUCAAUAUGUGUAUCAACUGGCAGCUAAUGAUCCUGAUCCAGGUCCUGAUGGUUAUCUUAAAUACAAUAUUGUAAGUGGCAACAACAAUGGGUUAUUUUAUAUUGACGUAACAGGCAUUGUUCGUGUUAAACCACCAAAUGGAUUUCAAUUUUUGUCUCAAUAUCAAUUAGGUAUCACAGCUGAAGACAGCUUUGUACCUCCAAAAGUUUCUUCAAUUUUUACUCUUUUUGUAAGAACAACUCCAAGAAUAUUUGUUGAUAACGUUCAACUUGGAAGUUAUCAGUUUCAGUCGACAAUUUCAUUUAAAGAUUAUGCUUACUUAAAGAAUUUUUUUAUGAUCCAAGUGUUAGUGCAAAGAUACGCACCCUACGAUUCAUCUUUCUUGGUUGACUCUCAGUUAGCACCUACAACUUGGUAUGAAGUUAACACUAAUGUAAACAGCCCAAAACUAAUACGAUAUAUUGCAAUCGAAAAAUUGUUUCCUCAAAAUAGAGUUAGACGCUCAGUUGUUAAUACUAAUGAUAGUUUUUUGGUUGUGAUUGGUGAAAACACAACUUGUGCUGCAAUAAAGACUAAAAUCCUCCCCUCAAUUUGUAAUGGACCUUUAAAGUCAGGAUUCGCUUAUAGAAUACAGUUACGAGUUUAUGAAGCACAAAAUUCUACACCUAUUGAAAGUAUGUUUUCAAGUCCUAUAACAAUACCAACCAGAGACAUGCAAUAUUCUUUCCUAGCAGAUGGCUCACAAAGUGAUAUGGUGGUCUUGUCUUCUGCAUUUGGGGCAAUAUGUUUCUUGUCGUUUUUAGUUAUUUUGAUUUAUGUUUGUUGGAAACAAAAACAUGAAAUUGUGUACAAUGAACAUUUAAAAGUCACUAGCAAAACCGAAUCUAUGUAUGAUCGCAGUGAUAAAGCUUAUUCUAAUGCAUCAUCUUCUAAUCCGGAUACUCUUUAUGCUCAUGGUGAAAGAGAUAGUAUCGAACGUUCUAAAGCCUACACAAAAAAUGAAAGUGAAAACACAAAACCGCCACGCAUUACCAUAUCUAACGAUGGGGCUUUUGACAAAUACUCAAUUGACGAAACUGAACCUUCGGAAAAUUUAUAUGCUUUAGCUGAAGCGAUGUCAAAAAAGCACGAACAAGAAAAAUUACAAAAUGUGCAAGAAAAAGAAAGCAUUAAAAAUAUUGAAAAUAAAUUUAAAAAAUCUACUGUUUUUGACGUCGUAACUCAAUUAGAAUUAAAGAAUGGAAAAAAAGUGUUGAACGAAAAUAUGCCCUAUUCAUAUGAACAAGAAGUAACCGAUAACGAUAGUUCUUCAGUUGAAUACGAAUCUAUAUCAAGUUAUGGUCAACAUGUGCCUAAGUCGAAAAAUAAGUUUUAUGAAGAUGACGGUUCAAUCGCUUUUUAAAAUGCAGUAGUCUAAAAAAAACUGAAAUACGACAAAAAUAAUAUGAAAUACGAUUAAAGACGAGAAUUUUAUUUUUAAAAUGCAGUAGUAUAAAAAAUGCUAAAAUACGAAUAAAUAUGAGAAUUAUAUUUUAAAAUGCAGUAAUGUAAAGAAUGCUGAAAUACGACGAAAAUAAUAUGAAAUACGAUUAAAGACAAGAAUUUUGUUGUCUAUUUAAAAAAGCAAAUGUAGUAUUUUUGUCAUUUAAGGUAUUUAAUUGACAACAACAAUUUCUCAAUAUUUAUUUUUUAAUUAAUCUACUAAGUUUUCAUGUUUUUACGAUGCUAAAGCAUCGUAAAAACAUGAAAACGGAUAUAUUUAUCUAAAGCUGAUAAAUAUAUCCGUAUUAUAGGAAUAAUUUGCAUAUUAUCAGAAUAUUUUAUUUUAUUUGCAUAUUAUUAUAGAGACAUUUUUUUAUUAUUACUGUUCUGCUAAAUUUUCUCAGAACUCUGCUAAAUUUUUUCAGAUUUUUUUAAAGUUGCGCUCAAGUGUUAUUUCAAGUGUUGAGCAUUUUUCGAACAAAUAUUAAGUCAAGUGUACGAAGGUCAUAGUUUAACGUUGGUAUUUUACGCAGUUAUGGAGAAA